CCCUUCUAUUGGCCGGAGCCGUGGGCGGCAUAGAAUUUCCCUAUAUAUUAUGGGGAAUAUGCAAUUCCAAUUCACAACUCCAAACUAGCAGAGAAUUCAUGUCGUCUUCAUCGUCUCUUACUUUCGCCGUGAGAAGGCAAGAGCCACGACUGGUUGCGCCGGCAAAGCUGACGCCAUGUGAACUCAAACCACUCUCCGACAUUGACGACAAGCAGGGCCUCCGGUUUCAAGUUUCUGUGAUAAUGUUUUAUAGAAAAAAUCCUUCCAGGGAUGGAGAGGAUCCCGCCAAGAUCAUCGAAGCAGCACUCGCCGAGACCCUGGUUUUCUAUUACCCGUUCGCCGGCAGGCCUAUUGAAGCCAGCAACCGGAAACUCAUGGUGGCCUGCACCGGCGAAGGGGUUUUGUUCGUAGAGGCGGACGCCGAUAUCGAGCUUGAGCAGGUCAGCAGCGACCCGCUUCAGCUGGGGUUUCCGUACUUGGCGAAGCUUCUGCAAGAUGUACUCGGCUCCGAUGGAAUCGUCGGUUGCCCUCUCAUUCUCAUUCAGAAGAAGAAGCAAAAGCAGAAGCACAGGUGGAUGUUGGAUUUUCGGUCUUCAGCAGUAGCACGGUUCGAUUGCGUAGUCGCCAAUUAUUUAGAUGUGCUAUGCUGACUGUAGUUGUUAGCUUAUUUUCUUGGCAAAUUGCAUUUUGGUUUACAGUGGAGAUUUUUUUACUAUUAUGUUCAAUUGGUAAACUGUUCUGUUGGUUUGGUUUUGAA